AUGUCUGCCAACGGCGACCCCAAGUACGACGACAUUGAGUCCGAGUCCGACUCUGGCGAGUCUGUCGGCCACAACGAGGCCGGCGAUGAGAAGCCCCUCAAGCCUGCUCUCAAGAAGUCCAACCCAGCCAUCGCCGAGCCCGCUGCUCAAAGACCGGAGCUGCCCCCGCAAACCGACCCCAAAGACCUCGACGUCGCCAGCCUCACUCCCCUGACGCCCGAGAUUAUUGCUCGACAAGCCACCAUCAACAUUGGCACCAUCGGCCACGUCGCUCACGGAAAGUCCACCGUCGUCAAGGCCAUCUCCGGCGUCCAGACCGUUCGUUUCAAGAACGAGCUGAUCCGAAACAUUACCAUCAAGUUGGGUUAUGCCAACGCCAAGAUCUACAAGUGCGAUAACCCUCAGUGCCCUCGACCAGGAUGCUACCGAAGUUACAAGAGUGAGAAGGAGGUCGACCCUCCCUGUGAGAGAGAGGGCUGCUCUGGUACCUACCGGCUAUUGCGACACGUCUCCUUCGUCGACUGCCCCGGUCACGAUAUUCUGAUGAGCACCAUGUUGUCAGGUGCCGCCGUCAUGGACGCUGCUCUGCUCCUUAUUGCCGGCAACGAAUCCUGCCCUCAGCCCCAGACCUCUGAGCACUUGGCUGCUAUUGAGAUCAUGAAGCUCGACAAGAUCAUCAUUCUCCAGAACAAGGUCGAUUUGAUGCGAGAAGAAGCCGCCCAGCAGCACUACCAGUCCAUCCUCAAGUUCAUCCGAGGCACCGUUGCUGGAAAGUCGCCCGUCAUCCCCAUCUCUGCCCAGCUCAAGUUCAACAUUGAUGCCGUCAACGAGGCCAUCGUCAACACCAUCCCCGUUCCUCCCCGUGACUUCAGCAUGGACCCUCACAUGAUCGUCAUUCGAUCGUUCGACGUCAACAAGCCUGGUGCUGAGAUCGAUGACCUCAAGGGUGGUGUUGCUGGUGGUUCUAUCCUUCACGGUGUUGUCAAGCUGGGUGACGAGAUUGAGAUCCGACCCGGUAUCGUGUCCCGAGAUGACAGCGGUGCCCUCAAGUGUACCCCCAUCUUCAGCCGAGUUGUCUCGCUCAACUCCGAGGCCAACGACCUCAAGUACGCCGUUCCCGGUGGUCUCAUCGGUGUCGGUACCCGAAUCGACCCUACCCUCUGCCGAGCCGAUCGUCUCGUUGGUUUCGUCCUGGGUCUCAAGGGCCGUCUCCCCGAUAUCUACAGCGAGAUCGAGAUCAACUUCUACCUGCUCCGCCGCCUGCUCGGUGUGCGAACCGCCGACGGCAAGCAGGCCAAGGUUGCCAAGCUGGCCAAGAACGAGAUGAUCAUGGUCAACAUUGGUUCCACCUCGACUGGAGCCAAGGUCAUCGCUAUCAAGAACGAUGCCGCUAAGCUGGUCCUGACCAGCCCUGCCUGCAGCAACAUCGGCGAGAAGGUUGCUCUGUCCCGACGUAUCGAGAAGCACUGGCGUCUCAUUGGAUGGGCUACCAUUGCUGCCGGUGUGACACUCGAGCCCAGCACUUCGUAA